AUGUAGCAAGCGCGGAAUAUCCCAAUUCUAGCAGUAGGGGAGGAAACGGCGAAGAGUCAUUUACAGGUUCUUAGUAUUAAGUCUAAAGACAAUUUCGUUCGACUGUAAGGAGUCUCCGGCGACUCAAUGGCCAACAGCGGAACAACGUCUGCAUGAGCGCCGCCCGUUGAUUUGUCAAGGUUGCGCGCGUGGUUCACAUCAUCUCCCCUUCUAUCAGGACGCGUAAGAAAGCGUCACUUGAACUGACAGGACAAUAAUCUUCAACUUGUGACUUGACACCCGACAGAACUAUUUGAACUCACUUAAAAACAAGGAGUCUGACAACAGAAAUCGCUGAUGAGGGACCGUUCCAGGGCAGAGACAAAUGGAGCCUGUGCAGAGAGACGGCCCACCUACGGCCAGAGCAGAGGUGGAGUGUGGUAUGGCGGCGACUUUACCCAGGACUCUCGGGGAGUUGCAGCUCUACCGCAUCCUGCAGCGGGCCAACCUGCUGUGCUACUACGACGCCUUCAUCCAGCAGGGCGGCGACGACGUGCAGCAGCUGUGCGAGGCGGGCGAGGAGGAGUUCCUGGAGAUCAUGGCGCUGGUGGGCAUGGCCAGCAAGCCGCUGCACGUGCGGCGCCUGCAGAAGGCGCUGCGCGACUGGGUGACCAACCCGGCGCUCUUCAACCAGCCGCUGGCCACGCUGCCCGUCUCCAGCAUCCCCGUCUACAAGCUGCCCGAGGGCUCCUCGCCGAGCCCGCUCCCGAUGGCGCCGCGCGGCGCCGGCGAGCCCCACGUCAAGACGCCCAAGUGUGGCGCGGCCGCGGCCGCCAGCGGCGAGGCCGGCAAGGGCGGACAGGAAGCCGGUAACGGCAGCUCGGGCGCCACCACGGCGUCCCCGCUCCAGAGCGGCGCCGAGCCCCGGUUCUGGGUCGGCCACUUCGGCGGCGGCGGCAGCAUCAUCAGCGGCGGCGGCGGCGCCGAGAGCGAGCAGAGCCUGUCGCCGGCCGAGCUCGGGUCGCCGUCGUCGCCGCGCGACGGAGGCCUGGAGGCGCUGGACGCGGCGGCGGUCCAGUCGGUGACGGAGUGCGUGGAGCGCAUGGCGUCGGGCCUGCAGCCGCGCGGCGACCCCGCCGAGGUCAAGGAGCAGCUGAAGGGCAACAAGAAGCUGGCCAAGAUGAUCGGGCACAUCUUCGACAUGCCCGAGGAGGACCCGCGCCGGGAGGAGGAGAUCCGCAAGUACAGCGCCAUCUACGGACGCUUCGACUCCAAGAGGAAGGACGGCAAGCACCUGACGCUUCACGAGCUGACCGUGAACGAGGCGGCCGCCCAGCUCUGCAUGAAGGACGUGGCCCUGCUGACCCGUCGAGACGAGCUCUUCGGCCUGGCGCGCCAGAUCUCCCGCGAGGUCACCUACAAGUACACCUACAGGACCAGCAAAUCUCGCUGUGGAGAUGAGCCCUCUCCAAAGAGGAUCAAAACAGAGGAGGGCUUCUUUGACCUGCAGGAGGCGCUGCAGGCCAUCUACAUGCGGCAGGAGACGCUGCGGGAGCAGCUGGCCCACGCCCGGUCCAAGGGCGAGGAGACGGCCACGCGCAGCAUCCAGAUGCAGCUGGAGCGCCUGGUGGCAAAGCAGAUGGAGAUUCUGCACGACGCGGCGGCCCAGGACCGCCUGCAGGCGCUGGACUGGAGGAUCCCCGCCGCCGCCUUCAAGCACGCCGCCGCCGCCGAGCGACAGGCCACCAACGGGGUCGCCGCCGCCGACAAGAGCGCCGAGCAGACAGGCGAGAGGCCACUGAAUCUGCGGGUUGCCAGCCAGAGGACUGAGGGCGAGACACCAUUGGGCAAGCAGCUGGCCAAUGAACUGAAGAGACAUCACGCCAACACAGAGAGCAAGACAGCUGCCACAGAGAACGGCAAUGGCACAGAUCAUUCCUCACACGCACUCAACCUUUCUGAGAAAAAGACCAUUAAAUCGGAACCAGAGGACUCCAGAUAGCAUCCUCAACCCCCCCUCCCCAACCCCACCCCCCACCCCACCCCCUCUUGUGUACCUUGCUCCUAAUGAACUCUGUUGUGUGUUUGUGAAUACUAAAAGAGCACAGCUACAGUAGAGCCUUAACAACCAACGUUGCCUCAGAAGAACGUGAUUUUUUUUCUUUUCUUUUUUUUCCACCAAAGUACCUAGAGACCUUAUUUUGUCACCGUAGUAAAUUCAGUGUUUUUUGUACGAUCACUGACUUGUAUUAUCAUUGACUGCAUUGUCCUCCCUCAUUUGCUUUCUCUCUCUAUCAUCUCUCUCUCUUUCAUCCUCUCUCUCUCUAUCUCUCUCUAUCUCUCUCUCACCUCUAGUCUCCUUCGCAAUUGUCCCUUCUGUACUGUAUAUAUCUGAUCCUAUAUGCUAAACUGUUUGUUGUAUAUGAUGUUAUUUAAAACAAUGUCUUGUGUAGGUAUGAAUAUUUGUAUCUAAAAUGUAUUUUCACUGAGACCAAGGGCUUCAGUGUCAUCGUUUGACUGUUUUUGUGCACACAUCAAUCAGUCGGGAUCCAUUUAUAAUGUGCUUUCUGUCCAUGGGGCGUUCUCAAACGUACUUUACAAAAUAAGCAUGUGCAGCCCAGGUACUCGAACUGAAAGCACUAAUCUAUGUACAUUUCCUGUGGUACCCUUAUUUAAUUGACACAUGUUUUCAACUGAUGGGAGAUUUGCAGUGAAGAAUAGGAUUAUGGGAAGGCACAACAGAGGUCAGCAAAAAAUGCAACAAACACAGCUGAACAAACACAGGCUUUAUGUAGGUGAGGUUCCUCUUCAACUAAGCUUAUUGUAUGUCAGUUGUGAUGUCUGUGUGUUUCAUAUAGGUUACGGGCAGUGUAGAGUGCCGCCAUCUUAUCAUUGCCGAUGUGAAUUUUUCCCAUGAAGCUGUUCUGAUAUGUGUAGGGAUUCUUCAGAAAACAAACAGAAAAAAAAUCAACAAAAAUAUACGAGAUGUAAAUAGUCAGAUAAAAUCCAUGACAGUAAUAACUUUAUUAGGAAAUGCAGGGUGCUUUGAUUGCGUUGUUCCACAUCUUAUCUAUCAUAACCCGUUGUAAUACUCAGUGUAGUAGAGCAAUACACAGUAGCUGCCAUUUAGCAACCCUGUGAAAGUGUCUAGUUGUCCCAAAUUUGAUGAGCAUUCGGAAUAUCCAUUAUAGAGUAUUUUUUACCCUGUUUACUGGUGUAGCCAUAUAGUCUUAGUUUCCAAACCAAUGUUCAAAAUAUGACUUGUAACUGAUAUGCACUAGUGUUGUUAUCCUCAGUACAGUAUGAGCUCAGAAAAAAAGCACUCAACAUUUCUCGUUUUCUUUUUUUUGUUUUUUUUCCCCAAAAACAAAAAGUGAAUGCGUACAUCUCUACUGCAGCAUAUCUUUGUAGGAGUUGUCUAUGUUCAGUAUAUCCAUCACACGUGCUGUGACUGGUGGGAAGUAGUGAAUAAUGAUAUAUCAGGGUUCUGUAGUUCUCUCGAUCAUGUGUAUUGAACCGGCCAAGCUGUCAUGUAAACUGUAUGGUGUGUUCUGUGUAAGAUGGCCCUUGCCUCAGUCCGCAGUCCAGCAUCAUGGAGUUGGGCAGCUGGCAUCCUAAUGGACGCUGUAUGGCCGAAAGCCCAGCUUUGUUCAUUGUUGGAUUGUCAAGAACUGAAGCGUGUGAACAUCUUCGCUCCUAGAUUACUUGCUCGCUUUGACUUCUGGCACAACCUAGGUUGAAACUUGUAAACGCUAAAUACCUCCUGUCAGGAACUGGGACAAGCGCAUCGGUCCUGUUCAUGUGCAGUAUUUUGAUGAGAAAAGGGGAGAAUUUUGCCUGUUGUUGUUUAUUUUUUGGGAAUACCCUUUUAAGUAUGCAAAUUUCUGUUCAUUUAAGUGCCAAAAAUCAUAACGUUUGAAUACAGGGAAACAGGGACUAAACAGUUUCAGAAAACAGCAGAUAAGUUUUUAAAAGUUACAAACAAAAAAAACUAUACUGUAUGAUGCAACACUGAUGUUGGUCCAGGGUAAACAUCUUAAAAGUUCCAGUGAUUUCAUUUGAAUGGUUUUGAUUUGUAUUUCGUUCAAUGUAUUUACUUGGUGACAAUCUUAAAAAUGACUGCAGCUCCAAACCAGCGGAACAUGCUGAGAAAUAAUCAUCUGGAAAAUGUCAGUGACGCAAAUUGCCCCAUAGUGGAAGACGAGAAAGUCAAAAACAAACCUUCACCUUUACAGAAGGAUUUUUAUCUGGACUGCCUUUGUUCAGUGUUAUUGUCCCACACACUUUCUCAGAGAAAAAAAAAACAGUCCACUUUUUUCUGUCUGUGAUUGCUUUGUAGUGUAGAGGGAUGCAUCUUGAUGUGGGAUAAGACUGCGUACAUGUCAGUAGACUUUGUCCUUAUCACUGUUGUUAGUGUUUAGGAGAACACAUUUAGUUUUAUGCGUAUACCCAUGAUCCAAUUUGUUUCAUUUUUGUAAACACUAAUAUAUUUAAUUUGUUAUACAGCACAUGGACAUUAAACUCUAUUUUUUGAGAUCUAA